CCUCAGAGUUCGUUCAGCCGGUUUGUCUCCCCGCUCUGGGGCAGCAGAUGAUGGACGGGAAGGUUUGCUCAGUGACGGGGUGGGGUAAUACCCAGUAUUAUGGUCAGCAGUCAGACAUUCUGCAGGAGGCGUCGGUGCCCAUAAUAAGCAGCACGGUCUGUAAUACCCCGGAGUAUUACAACAAUCAAAUCACAGGGAAGAUGUUCUGCGCUGGAUACCCAGAGGGAGGCACUGAUGCUUGUCAGGGGGACAGCGGUGGCCCUUUUGUUUGUGAGGACUCCAUCUCUCGCACUUCAAGAUGGCGUCUGUGCGGAAUUGUAAGUUGGGGAAUAGGCUGCGCAUUGCCAAACAAACCUGGAGUGUACACCAAAGUGGAUCAAUACCAAAGAUGGAUCUACAGAGCCAUGAAGAUGAAAUCAGAAGUGGCAGGAAUCCUGGAGAUGUAAUGAUGACGGAUGACACUGCCAGGCCGGAGAGGGAAGACACCGCUCAUAUCUGGGUUAGCAAAAUUUUAUUGAGGGAAUGGACCCCCUGCCCCCUCGGAUCCCUCUUAUACCGCCAUCUGGACAGAAUUCCUCCAGCCCUGUCCUCCAUGGGAAGUUGUCUUGUCUCCAUUUGGUUGAACUAUAAGAAGUGCCAUGGCCUGGUAGUCCGGUUCUUACUGUGUCCUUAUUGACUUGGAUUUGUUCAGUGGCCAAUGGUUGAAUGAUCUGAUUGGUUGAAUCGUGUGACAGAGCCGGCGGUGUGGGGUGAUAGACGAUGGGCUACUGGGCCGGGUCAUAUAUGGGUAGGGAUGAGCUUAGUUGAAACCUCAGGAUUAAUCCCCACGGUCCUGAUCCCUAACAGGGUCACUCUUCUACAAGACCGGAUCUCAUUCUUGGUUGGUCUUUCAAUUUGUUAUAGAGCAAAUGGUGGAAAAAACUAUUGUUGAUGGUGAAGGUUCGUAACCAAUACAUGUGACCUCUUCACCAUAAUUGUGCCGGCCGCCUGUUUCACCUCAGCCUUUAAGCCAAGUGGACUUCAGGCCCCUUCAAUUUGUGUUACCAUGGGAAUGGUUGGUUUACCAUGGGAAGCCUCAAACAUGGGGCAUAGUUGUAAAAGGGCUGGCUGAUGGGGGGUCUUGCACUUUGGACAUGGGUGGUCUUGGUCUUGGUCUUGGACAUGAUUGUGUUGGGCUACGGAUCUGACUGCAGCAAUAUCUGGUCUUGUUUCAGGAUGAGGUCACGUGGUCAAUGACAUUUUGUCGCAUUUAAUGUGACCUUCAUGAGAACAUCUCUGGGGCCCUUAGUGGUUCUUCUCAUCGUGAACUGGGAACAUCCAUUGGGCGGGACGAGCUCCUCUGCAAGGCUACGAAGGUCCAAAAAGUCACAUGGAUUGCAAUGGAGCCUGAAUAUUUUACCAAAUGUUCAGACAUAGUUAAAGGAUUUCUCCAGGAUUGAUCGACUGAUCCUCCAUCAACAUCUCAGGGGGCUGAUCAGCUGAUCAAUGAAGCCAGGGCACCUCGAUUGUUAGCAAACUUAGAACCAUAUUUUAGAGGGGUACUCUGGUGGGAAAAAAAUUAAAUCAGCUGGUGCCAGAAAGUUAAACAGAUUUGUAAAUUACUUAUUUAUAAAAAUCUUAACCCUUCCAGGACUUAUCAGCUGCUGUAUUCUCCACAGGAAGUUGUGUAGUUAUUUCCAGUCUGACCACAGUGCUCUCUGCUAACGCCUCUAUAGAAGCCACGAUCACCGUGUUCUCCUUCCUGCCUUUGGCAUACAGUAAUGUCAGGUGACUUUUCAGGUCACAUGGGUCUGCCACGUGGGUCUGUCACGUGGGUCGGCCACCUGGGUCUGCCACCUGGGUCUGUCACGUGGGUCGGCCACCUG